AUGAAGCCACGGUCUCCUUUUUUCUUUCCAUGUUCGUCACUAGUCGCCUUUUCAGCCGCCUCUGUCAUCAAACCACCAGCAGCUCAAGAUGACCCAGCUUUCAGCGAGGACCUGAACACCAGAACGCCAACAGUGCAUACGGUAUUUCAACCCAUGACCACUGCGAUAUACCAUGUGGUUGGGAGGCAAGACGGCCAGCCCCCAACAGGAGCACCAAAUUCAGGAUCUGGGGGACCAGAAACUGGACCCGGGACCGGAGGACAACAGCCAGAGAAACCCAAACCGACGCAUGACCCGCUACCAACCCUGGCACCAAGUGAUAGUGAUAGUGGGGGCGGUGGAAAUGGUGGCCGGAUAGGUGCCAUCAUUGGCGGCGUGUUCGCUGGUAUCAUUGGUCUUAUCUUGGUGGUAUGUGUGAUCAAGGGAAGGAAGGCGAGGAUGGAGGCGCAGGAGGAGGAUGAUGAGGAGUAUGAGAUGAGGAGGCAGAGGAGGAGGGUAGGCGGUAGGUGA